AUGAGGUUUACAGAUUCCAGUUUGGUAGCUGAGCUAGUGCUAAGAAUAGGAAGAAUAUUAUUCAUAUUUUUACUUUUAAGCACUGAGAAUGUCGCGCAAAGUUUAUUCAGAUCUGGGAAAGAAUAUAUAUAUUCUUACAACGCUGAAUCGAGCACUGGUGUGUUAGUACCUUCCAACGCAGCUUCUUCAUGGAAUCUCAAUGGAAAACUCGUGAUUCAGACAGAAGAUGACUAUGUCACAAUACAGUUGCAAUCAUUGAAGACAAACAUGCAUAAUGGAAAUGUAAAAAAAACAACGGAAAAUAUUGAUAUCUAUGAUGACGCUUUAGAACUUUUGAAACCUUUUCGUUUAUCGUACAACAAAGGGCUUAUUGAGAACUUCAGCACCGAACCUGAACCCCUAUGGACAACCAAUAUAAAACGGAGCAUAGCUGGAAUUUUACAAUUAGAUCUUGUUAAUUUAGAAAAGGAGAUUGCAUUUCAUUCUAAUGAAAUAAACCAUUACGGAAAGUGUGAUAUCGAUUAUGUUGUAAGCCCGGAGAGUGAUAAUCAACGUUUGAUAAGAAAAUCGUUAGAUCCUCGGAUGUGUAUUAAACAUCCAAGUCGCUACUGGACGAACGUUCCUAAAGUACAGUGCACUGAUGAGGAUCAAAAUCCCAUCUUGAAAAGUAGCGAGCGAAUAUAUCAAUUGAAAACUGAUGGAUUUGUUCAUAAUAUCAUCUCCAUUAAUGCAUCCGGAAGUAUCUACGUACAACCUUUUCAAAGCAUGGGAGAGGCGCAUUAUCAUUUUGUUCAGCAAAUUAUCAAGUUAUCUUCAGUGAAAGAUAUAACGAAUAAAAUAAUGACAAAUAAUUUACAAGCUACAGUCCUUGAACAUGAGCUACCAGAAGCAGAUCUUACACAGGGUAGAGGCACAACAGAUAAAAGUUUCAUUUUUAAAUCUAUAAGUCGUUUAUUAGAUCGUUUAAGCCACAGGCUCGAAAAUCCCGGUUUGGAUAUCGAAAUCCAUAAUCUGCACAACACAACAAUAUCCGUGCUUCUCUAUUAUCUCGAUAUGUUAGAUCGCGUUGAUCUGGGAAAAGCUUAUACUCGCAUCUCCGGAACUAGUUACAAAGAAGAAACGAUACGAAACAUGUUUCUUGAGGCAUUGCCGCAAGUUGGAAGCAAGGAGUCCGCAAUGUUCAUAUUGGAUCUUAUUCAGGGGAAUAAAGUAUCUGACAUAUCAGCGAUUCAAUUACUUAUGCGGCUACCGUUUUACAUAAGAAAACCCGACGUUCAACUGCUGGUCAGUCUGCAACCGCUUCUUACGCUGCCAAGCAAAAUUCGCACGGAAGUACAAAAUGCUGCGAUUCUCGCUUAUGGAACAUUAAUAUACAAAACUUGUCUAAUGCAUUGUUCGUAUGAAAUGUUAGAUGAUUACGUACGUUUGUAUAUCGACAAAUUUACAGAUACUACACAAUACGAGCAAAAAAUGGUUUGGUUGGAAGGUUUGGCGAAUAUACAGUUGGGUAGAGUUGUUGAGUUUUUAGAGCCUAUAGCCAGCGGUAGUAAUGCUGAAUCGCAUUUUCGAGUACUCGCGGCUUGGGCCUCUAUUCCCACAGCACCGUUGAGACCCGAUAUUAUUUAUCCUGUGUAUUGGCCGAUUUUACUCAAUAGAACGGAGCAUCUGGAAAUGAGGGUCGCCGCGUUAACUUUGCUUGUUGUUUCCAGUCCUACGCCUAACAGAUUGAUAUCUCUGUAUUGGUACAUGCAAAACGAACCCAAUCAACACUUGUACAAUUAUUUUUAUACGAUGCUAAAAUCUAUGGAACGCACAACGUAUCCCUGUUACAAGCGCAUAAGCAAAAUUGCGGUUCAAUUUAGCCGCGUACUUUGUGUACCAAAAAAUGAAUAUCUGACUACUGGUAAUUAUUUGGUUGAUUAUCAAGAUUCCUCGAGAAGAUUCGGCGCUAUGUUGCAUGGCAUUAUCGUAGCCAAUCCUUCUACGAAUAUUCCUGAAGUAAUAUACGCAUCUUUAAAUAAUUAUGCUAGUGGAACACACAUUAAUCAUGUGUCUUUAUACAUCAAAGCGGAAGGCAUCUUCCACUCAUUAGCGACUUCCUUUGAAAAGAAUCCGACGAACAUAAAAGAUAUUCUGAAGGAAUUCAAAUUGGAUGAACGCCAGAAAGGCCCUGUGCAUUUAGAGAUAAUUACACGUAUUCAAGAAAAAACAGUGUUGUGCGUUUAUUGGAAUGAAACAAACAUAAUUGAGGGGUUGAAGUAUUUAUCUUCUUUAUCGGAUAACAUAUAUCAAACAUAUUAUAAUAUGGAGUUUCAUAUUAAUCAACAACGUAUAAAUGUGCCAUUGAUGUUAGAAUCAGUGCAAGUGACCGAUUUCGGUACUAACGUUAGACUCGCAAUGACAGGAACGUCCUUGUUUUCAAUGAGAGGUAAUUUUACGCGCGAUUUUCCUGGACGAAAUAAUCAUAUUAUUUUACGCACAUCUGUUCACGGCAUUGAGACGAUAGAGAAUUAUAAUCCACUGGUCGAUUUAUGGCACAGCGCUGAAAGAGUUCAGUCAUUGCAUGGAUAUUUUCCUAUUAACAUUACAAUCGGAUUAGACGAAAAACCAUUUAUUUCAUACGACACUCUAGAAGAACACCUUAAGACAGGAUUUACAGCACAUGCUAAAACGCUUACGAGUAUCAAAGGUGCCAACGUUCGAUCGAAGUUAGAUCGAGUUUGUCGUUCGUGCUCUAUAUCGCACACAGUUAUGAAGUCACCAUUGUCUAAUCUGCAGACAGUGAAUAUUCUGAACAUUGAACUUCCCGAAUUAGGCGGUCGGCUACAAGUAAAAAUAUUUGAUUGCGAAAGCAUGAUGUCACAUGAAACAUUAAUUAAUGACAUUUGGUUUUCUCAUCAGAGCAAUUAUCAAACGUGGCCAAGUAUGAAAUUUGCCUUAAUCGGACUGCAUUUCUUGGAUUAUUUCACUUAUGUGCCACCAAAAGGUAGUUGUGGAUUAGCUGCUUACAUCGAAGCACUUAAAUCCGGGCCAUCACAAACGAGAUUGGAAUACUUGAAAAGUGAUAAUCGUCAUAUUUUAUCUUUGACGCACCACGACCUACAAUCCUCGCAAAUUCUUCAUCAAUGGAAUCUAGCCGCAUUAUACGAAACCACCGGCUGGUUCUCGGAUGUAAUUAAAUUUAAAGCAACUAAGAUUGUGCCUGGCGAACGCGUAUUUAAGUUUUGCGUAGAAGCCGAAAGACAUGUGCCGUGGCGAUGGGAGAUUCUGAGUGAUGAACCGACUGACUCCUCUCGCAUCAAAUUAAAUAUCGUUUGGGGACCAUCUGACAAUACGAAAGGAAGAUGCAGCGGUUCUUUUAUAUCAAUGUACUUAAUUGGCGAAAUUAGCGGCGAGCAGCUCAUGGAAAGUAAAAGGGCAAUCUGGCCUUACAGUGAAUGCAAAAGAGAAUCUGUGGGGAAAAAAGUUGUUCCUUACACAAAUUCUUGUUACGAAGUAUCAAAAGAAUUGUCGACCUUGCGAAGAUAUUCAAUUACCGCACAAUAUGAAAACUUACCAGAGAGUUUAUCUAAGCUGGUUUGGAAAAUGUACGCCUUUUACGAUCUUAUCGGUGGAAAUAGCAGUACUGCAAGAAAAUCCAAUGAGAUUGCAAUAACUACAAUUUUUCCGAAAGAUUCAAACGUUGGCGAAUUACAACUUAACAGGGACAACGUUGCGAUUGAAUAUAAUUCGCGCUACAUUGAUCUUUUCUUGACACGGACGAGAAUUCAUAAGUAUAUGGAAGUACCUCUAUUCAGAAUGUUUUCUAGCACAUGUAUCGUAACAUCAAAUUCCAUAAGGUCGGCGUAUAACACGAUUUACAGCUUUGCUGAAAACAGUGAAGUGAUAUUACUCGGGCAAUGUUACGAUGAAAAUCCUAGACUUGCAUUGACAGCAGUCAAUGAUUUGUAUGGCAUCAACAUCAAUUUAACUGAUGAAUCAGGAAUUAUACAGAUUAUAGCUGACAAGGAUAGAGGAACUCUACACAAUGCUACAUCAUACAUACAAUUGAAAUCUGAUUAUCUAUUUCAUACACUAGGAACUAAAAUGAUUAAAAUGAGCGACAAGGAAAUCGAUAUCUUUUUACCUAAUAUUUUACUAUAUAUACAUUGGACGCAGGAACAAGUUCUACUAUUUUUUUCAAACCACGUGUUAGAAUUUGGUUGCGGAAUAUGCACACUCGAUCAUCUCAACAUCGACAGAUUAUACGAAAAACUUUAAUUUACUCUGUGAAAGAUGUACAUACAAAAUGCAACAUAUUAAUGAUAUCGUAAAAUAAGUUUUAUAUUCAUUUUUAAUAUACUUUUUAAUAUAUAUCUAAUAAAUAGUACAGUACAAAAAGGUAUACAUAAUUACGUAAUUAGAACUCGGAUUUUCGGCCGUCAAAUCAAUCAGUCAAUUGAUAUUUGAGAUUUUCUUAUUAUGCAUCAAAUCAAGUUUAAAUAUUAGAAACUAAUUACUAAUGAACAAGACAUAAAACUAAUAUAAGCCGAACAUCUGAACAAUUCGUACAUAAUCUUAUUAUAUUGUUCCGACAUAAAAUAUAAACUUUAGCAAAUAAUAAGCAGCUUUAAUAUAUUGUUUAAAUGACUAAAUGAUUAAAGCUCUAGAUUUUAACCGAUUACUAGCCUUAUAUAUUGUUCACUAUUUAUUAAAAAAUAAUGCUAAAAAUUUUAUGUAACAUUUUAUAGAUAAAUAAUACAACUUCUUUAUUAACCAGUCUUAAUAAUUAAAGAACUUAUACUAUGUUAAAUUAUAAGUUUUUUCUUUUUCUACUCUGGAACUGAACUUCUCACAUAAUUUGUCUUUUCUCUUUUUUCUCUCCAAUGUGAAAAGAAAAAAAAGAAGAUGAAGUUCAGUCCUGAGGUAUGGAAAAAACAAGCCUUAUACAUACGAGCACAUUAAUAUAGUUUACGUUAUAUAAGCGAUGGUAAUAAUUACAUUGGACAUGCAAAUACCUCCUCUUGUAACAUGUCUUAAUGUACUUUAAAUUUCUAUUUAAUACAUGAUAAGUAAUAUACAAAUAUCGUUUUA